GGAGACUGGUGCUCGACCUCGAGAAGGAGGAGGGCGGUGUCAAGGCCUCCGCCGCCUGCCGUGGCCUGGAGCUUGCGCAGCGGAGUACGAACAAAUCCAGCGCAAUCAGAAGACGUUUCGUCUCCCGGGCGAGGGCCCGGACUUGCUCUUCGCAUCCGAGCGGCGGGGCGCCCUGGGCGAGGGGGCGGCCCCGGCGGACAGCACCGGCACUUCCGCCCACCGAGAGCCUGGCCUUCACCUCGCUUCUGCAGAACGUCCCUCUUCUCCCGAGCGACCUCUGCGACGCGCGCCAGACCGCCAAGGAGCCCGCCAAGGAACGCCC